GGUGGUACAAUUGUCAUGGAUGCUGAUGCUACAACAGCAUUGCGCAAACAGGGAGUUGCUUCAACAGAUGACAAAUUCAAAUUUAUUUGGUUCAAGGUUUGUGAAAGGCUGACUUCGGUGCUUCAGAACAAGAUGAGUAAUUAUGAUACUGAUGUGUUCAUGCCUAUCUUUGAUGCAAUCCAAAAGGCAACUGGAGCUCGGCCCUAUAGUGGAAAAGUUGGGCCAGACGAUGUGGACAACAUGGACAUGGCUUACAGGGUUGUUGCUGAUCAUAUUAGAACUCUUUCAUUUGCCAUUGCUGAUGGGUCUUGUCCAGGUAAUGAGGGGCGUGAGUAUGUUUUGAGACGUAUUCUUCGUCGAGCAGUUCGAUAUGGAAGUGAAGUUUUAAAAGCUCAAGAAGGAUUUUUCAAUGGACUUGUGAGUAUUGUGGUGAAAGUGAUGGGUGAUGUCUUCCCGGAGCUAAGACAACAUGAACUACGAAUUAGGGAGAUAAUUGCAGAGGAGGAAGCAUCUUUUGGGAAAACUUUACUAAAGGGAAUUGAGAAAUUUAAGAAGGCUGCUCAGGAUGUACAAGGAAAGAUAUUGAGUGGGCAGGAUGCUUUUAUCUUAUGGGAUACCUAUGGAUUUCCAUUAGAUUUGACUCAGUUGAUGGUGGAAGAGAGGGGCCUGCUAGUUGAUACUCAGGGUUUUAACAAUGCUAUGGAUGAGGCGAGGGAAAGAUCAAGAAGUGCUCAAAAUAAGCAAGCAGGUGGUACAAUUGCCAUGGAUGCUGAUGCUACAGCAGCAUUGCGCAAACAAUCCAAAAGUCUAUUAGUUGCAGUUUUAGUUAUUGUUCUCUCAAUCUAUUCUUUUUCUUUCUUUCUUUCUUUUUUUCCAAAGGAUGAUCAGUGUAAUAAUUAAGCUUCAUAAUUUCUG